UUUAUUUCUUCACAUUUUUAACAUUCUCCGUCCGCCAGACAAAACAUCAGCACCAUGAAACGCGCUACUGUUUUAACUGCCUUUUUUCUAGCCAUCGCGGUCGGAACAGCAAUGAGCAUCCCGGUCGACGACGAGUCCGGACGUGUCCUUCACCGUGUUCGUCGUGGACGCGGUUACCACGGUACCUUGAAUGGUGUCACCGGUGUGGUCGAUGGUUCCACCGUUCACGCGGUCAGUACUGGAGCAAACAGCUUCGUCAACGGAUUCCAAUCCAGCCAAAACUUCUUGUCCUCCGCUGGACGUGGAAACUACGUCGGACAGCAGGGCGGUCUUCAGGCUGCUGCUUGGGCCGGAGGUGGUGCCACAGCUGCCGGUUUUGGUUACAACUCGGCCGCCAGUAGCGGGGCUGGCUAUCCAUCCAAUGUCGCUGGUUACCAAGGAUUCCCUAGCUAUGGUCGUUAAAAAGGAUAAAAUAGGAUAUUGAAUUAACAUUUUGUUGCAACUCUUCCUUCUGUGGUUGAUUGGAUAUUAAACAGUUAUGCAGGCAUACAAAUUUUACUUGAAAUACACAUACGUUAUGCUCUAAA